AUGCUCGACGGUUGUUCCCCUCGACAACUUCGAUUUCUCGAGAUGGGCUCGGCCAACGGAGCAGAUGAACCGGAAGCGACUCCUGCUACCGAAACACGCGAACCAGAACAAUCGAAUCCGCCAGAAGCCAAGUCAUCCCCCGGGGAAGUGGAGGCACCUAAAGUCAAGCGGAAGCGCAAGCCAUCAGCGAACCAGCGUCAUAAGAACAACUUGAACCUUGCUAAAAAGAGAAAGAGAUGGCUUAUGGAUGAUUACGAGCGCUGGAUAACGAAUGAACCUUCUCCAGGGGGUCUACACUAUAAGGCAGUGGUGAGGAACACGCGCUUGUUUCCAGAAAUCUCGAAGGAGUUUGAAAUUGAAAAACAGAAACAAUUAGCAGAAGAGCAAGAUAACUAUGAAGAGAACUUGCGCAAGUAUCCCAACAUGACCACUCACAAGCCAAUCAUCAAUCAACCAAUAAUCUCUCGAGUUCCAACCGAAAAAGAAGAUGGAGAGGCUCUGAAACUAGUCCAGGAUAAGUUCAAGCUCCUUGAGCACGGUUUAUACAGUAUAUCCGAAACCAACAUUGCCGAUGGGACACGCAAACUGGACUGA